GAGAUUGACGCCAAACUCUUGGACCUGAACUCUCGCGGAUCCGUUCGCUCGUGUAAUUACUGCCACAAAAUUGUCAACCAAUACAUGAAUGAGAGGAAUCUGGACACCAAUUGUCUGAACAAAGACUCGGAUUUCAAUGAAUUCCGUGAAAUGAUUUUCUCGAAAAGUUUGGCUCAAAAUAGCGACGAAAAGGACACGUCUUUUGCUGAUAAGUCGAUAGCGAAUCCCAUCCUAAGUCCCAACUCUAAGGCCUUAUUUCGACGAAAGAGUUCCAUUGGUUUUCGCGAAGAAGAAUACGCGAAACCAAAGACACGAGUUCUGGACAUCGAAAAGGACGCCAUCAAUAAAAUGGGUUCUCCAUCACCUCUUCCCAGUCUGUCGUCUUUAGGCAGUUAUAAGACUCCCUUCAAAGGCAAUGAUGGUGAUGAUGAUCUCAUGCCUCUGAGAAGUGAUGAGACGACUCACGAACCGCUUUGGGUUAAGGAAAUCAACGAAGAAUACGAUUCACAAAGCUUUGAGAAAAUAGACUCCCCUUUAGAGCUGAUCCAAAACAGUGACGCCAAGUUAAGACUAACAAAGCCAUCGGUCUCUCCCACCAGACGUAUAGCGUAUUCGACGUCAACCUAUGAUAUAGAGAUGGACUUCGAGAAGGACAGGGUUACCAUCAGUAGAGCUGAGAAAACGGACUCAACUGAGGAGAAGCCUAUCGAUGCAAAUGAUGGACAGACGACAACAUCUGAUGAUCUGAGUGUUGACUUUGAUGUGACCACUGCUGCACCCAAUUGGGACGCAGUUAAAGACGGAACCGAUUAUAACUUUGUUUACGAAUCACUCAAUUAUGCAUUCAAUCAAUUAUACAAUAAAUUAUUGACUCAACUCUUGGAAGAGGAGGGACUGUCUCUGAGUUGGCUGAAUGUGAUCAGUCGGUUAACGACCAUAAUAUCAGCAGUGGUUCGACCCAACAGUCACAACGAUGUCGACGAAAUGGAUGUCAGAAAUUAUGUGAAAAUUAAGACAAUACCGUAUGGAGUGAAGAAUGACUGCGCGAUUAUAAAUGGUGUCGUUCUCACGAAGAAUGUCUCGAAUCGGAAGAUGAGACAAACCAUAAUGGGUCCCAAGAUUUUGUUGCUCUCGUGUUCUAUUGUUUAUCAGAGAUAUGAGAAGAAGUUGACAAUUUUGGACACAAUUCUUCUGCAGGAAAAGGAAUACAUUCAGAAUCUGAUUGCGAAGAUCUGUGCGUACGGUCCGGAUGUGGUUCUUGUGGAGAAAACUGUGGCCAGAAUUGCAAAAGAGAUGCUCUUAGAGAACGGAAUAACUCUUGUUUGUAACGUAAAGCCAGUCAUAAUUGAGAGGAUAUCCCGGUUCACAAACGCCGCUAUUGUGUCCUCACUUGACGCACAGAUAGGUGUACCACAGCUCGGUUACUGUAAAAAGUUUUAUUUGCAAACAUUCAAUCAAAAGACAUUUAUGUAUUUUGAUGGAUGUGACCAACAGUUAGGCGCUACUGUUCUGUUGAGAGGCGCGAGUCUCGAGGAACUGAAGAAAAUCAAAGCCAUCCUUUCGUUUAUGGUGUUCUGUGACUUCAAUUGGCAACUCGAGAGGUCUUUCCUAAUGGAUGAGUACUGCUAUCCCUUACAAUCUGUGGACAAAAGCGAUUCAAAUAUGAGUUUAAAUAAUUGUGAUCUAAAGGACAGCCCACCGAAAGAGCGAAAUGUCUCCUCAUUCUUAGUCGACGAUAACUCGGAUCCAUUGCGUUCAAUGGCCUCAGAAUUUGAAACAAAUUCAUCGAAAGAGAGCGAACUUUUGAAAGUUGAGAACACAUUGAAUAUAAGAAACAGAGAGCAGUCCUCUCCUAUUGAAUCGAUUCCCGUUACGAAACACCCGUUUCUGAGCAGAAAUAUAAAGAUUCCCUCGAAUUCACAUGAAAUCAGAUCAUUGAUCGCAGACUUUAGAGCCAACGGACCCUUCUUUAGUCACACCGACAAACGUAUAGAAGAAUCGAGAGUUGAAACUAAUGUCUCCGAAAAUGAGACCAAAACUAGUGAACAAAAUAUACGAAUCGAUGCAUUGAAUCCACGAUUUCAUCAAAAUCUGUCCGUUUUGUUCUCCAGUUUCUCGUACUCGUCGGCCAAUGCGCCCGACUAUUGCGUUAAGCCAUGGAUUAUAAAUAUGGACUUUUAUGGCUGUAAUGACAUACCGUUGGGUGGAUUCCUCGAGAGAUACUGUUUCCGUCCCACCUAUUCGUGUCCGAGUAAUAACUGUUCCACACCUAUGAUAGAACACGUCCGACGGUUUGUCCACUUGAAUGGAUGUGUUCUCAUUGUAUUGAGACAAUUGCAGCAGAGGGUAGAGGCGGCGCAAAACUCUAUCAUCACGUGGUCGUGGUGUCAGAAAUGCAAGACUGGAACUCCUUAUUCGACGUUAUCUUCUGACUCGUGGCUGUUAUCGUUUGGCAAAUAUCUGGAACUCAAGUUCUAUGCGCCUUAUUAUAGACGGAGAGCCACAUCGAGUUCUGUGGCCUGUUAUGAGCACUCCCUACAUGUCGAUCACUUCCAGUUCUUCGCAUACAAGCAGAUCGUCGCCAGCUUUAAGUACCAGUCGAUCGAUAUCUUCCAGUUAACACUACCACCCACUCGAGUGCCCAUUCUUUGCCACCCUCUCAUCAGAACUGAUUUUAUUGAAGAUUUAAAGCAAAUUGCAAUCAAAGGCUAUGAAAUUUAUUCAUCAAUUCUCGAGAAAUUAGUUUCUAUUAAGGAUGAAACGAGUGGAACUAAGUAUGAGAUAAUUGUCAACGAAUUUAUGGUCAUUGAGUCCAAAGAAAGGGCUAAUUUUAGACAACGCAUAGAAGAGAUUCAGUUAUUGUUAACCUCUUGUAGUAAUGAAUCUAUGGAUGAGAAGAUUGUCCACAAACUGCAAGACUUUUUAAUACAGUUAAAGAAAAUCAUUGCCGAAUCAGUUCACACAUGGAAUCAAAAAAUACAAGAUUUUAUCGCAAAUAAGAAGAAAGAAGAAAAGAUGUCACAAAAGUCUGGUCCACUCACAAGCGUUCCCACAGUUGCACCGAAAGCAUCGCCUGUUCUGAGUGCCACUCUUGAAGACACGAAUAGUCCGCCAACGGAUUGUCCAGCUUUGGAGAGUUCAGGCGUUAUUUCGAGGAAUGUUUCCAUUUCUAGCACCGCUUCACUCCAGUCCAGUUUGGAUGUCAUUAAAAGUGACGUCAACUCAACCGAUGUGCUGAAGGCUUGUAUUGAAGAACAAGAGAUUGAAUGUAAAGAAACUUUGAAAGCGUUGGAGACUAUUAAGUCUGACGGCGAAGACAACGAUAAACGACAAUUGGAAACAAGUAGUGGUAGAGACAGAACUCUUUCUGUUUCCAGUUAUGGUUAUGAAGUUGACAUUGGAAUUAAUAAUUGUCUCGGAAAUGGUGUAGACUUUGAGGCCAGUGCUGACAAUUACGCCGUCUAUACAUUACACGAUAAUAAGAGACAACAGGAGGACAACCAAUCUUUAAGGUCUACUAACGAGACAAAGUCUGUGUCAAGUGUUGCCCUCCCUUCAGAUCAGACGUCUUUCACUGUUAAACGCAUUUUCAAGGAAUUGCUCACAAAUACAAACAUUCUGACCAUUAAUUAUCCCUUUCCUCUGAACGAACACUACAUUCUGUCCACACAUAAGGAGAACAUAGAAGUGGUUGUGAAGGACGAUGACCCGGCGUCUAUCAUAUCGUAUGCUUUAACCAGUUCUGAAUACGAGCGACAAUUGGCAGAACUUAUGCGGCAAUCGUCGAGUCCUCUCAUCAAAAGAAAGGUCACGAUUUCAUCUGAAUUGGAGGCCACGAGUGAAUCGAAAGCGCCGACAAAUCCAUUGACACAACAUAUCGAUAUCCAAUACAGCGAUUUCAACGCUAAGUUCUACUGUUGUGUCUAUUUUGCCGAUCAGUUCCGCAAAUUCAGAGCUAAUGUCUUGGAUGCAGUCAAUGGCGAAGAACUAUACAUUCGUUCUCUAAGCAGUUCUGUCCCGUGGAAGGCAAGGGGUGGCAAAUCGGGCUCAACCUUCUGUAAGUCAUUCAACGACCGAUUUAUACUAAAAGAAAUGACAAAAUUGGAGUUACAGUCGUUCCUCAAUAUUGCAAACUAUUAUUUUGAUUACUAUUUGCGGGCUAUAAGUGAGUCGAAGCCCACAAUGUUGGCCCGAAUUGUGGGCGUCUAUCGGACCAGUUAUAAGAAUACGGCCACAAAUACUGCAUCGAAACUCUAUCUAUUAGUGAUGGAGAAUCUGUUCUAUAGAUGUCAUAUAAGCCAAAAGUUUGAUUUGAAGGGAUCCAUCAGAAAUCGUAUGGUUAAGAACAGCUCCACGAGUCUGAAUGGCGAGGCACUCGUCCUCUUAGAUGAAAACCUGAUGCAAAUGAAGUGCGACUCUCCCCUCUAUAUUCAAUCGCAUUCAAAGGCAAUACUCCGGGCGGCCAUUGAUAACGAUUCGCUGUUUUUAUCGUCACAUUCCGUAAUGGAUUACUCGCUUUUGGUGGGCAUUGAUGAGGAGAGCAAACAAUUUGUGGUCGGAAUUAUCGAUUACAUCCGACCCUUCACUUGGGAUAAGAAGAUUGAAUCAGUGGUCAAGUCUGUGGGCAGUCAGGGAAAGCUUCCGACUAUAGUUCAGCCGGACUUAUAUCGCCUCAGAUUCUGCGACGCUAUGGAUCAGUAUUUUCUUUGCGUUCCCGACAAAUGGUAUUCAAUUAUUAACUACUGA